UUUUCUUUCUAUACUUCUUGCUUUUUUCAUGUCUUCUACAUCCUCCACAGAUAUUGACGUACUCAUGAAGAUUAAAGCUGCACUGAUCGGACCAAAAGGUUCUGGACUCGGUGACUGGAAACCUUCUUCGACUCUAAACUCACAUUGCUCCUUCUCAGGCGUCUCAUGUGACAAUGAUGCUCGAGUGACUGCCCUCAACGUUUCAUUCAUUCCCCUCUUCGGUUUUAUUGCGCCGGAGAUUGGUAUGCUAAGCAUGCUCGCCAACCUCACAUUCACCUCCACCAAUCUCACCGGAAAACUCCCCAUUGAGGUUGCAAACCUCACCUCUCUCAAGCAUUUCAACGUCUCCAACAAUGUCCUCUCUGGUGAGCUUCCUGAAGAAAUCGCCGGAGGAUUACCCGAGCUGGAGGUCUUCGACAUCUAUAACAACAAUUUUUCUGGCAGUCUACCUCUCCAAAUCGUGAAACUCAAGCAGAUCAAGCAUCUGCAUCUCGGCGGUAAUUUCAUCACCGGCGAAAUCCCCGCUAUAUACUCUGAGCUACAGAGUUUGGAAUACUUGGGUUUGAAUGGUAACAGCCAUUCCGGAAGGAUUCCGGCGAGUUUAAGCCGUCUAAUGAACCUGAAAGAGCUUUACUUGGGGUAUUAUAAUACGUACGAAGGGGGCAUUCCGCCUGAGUUUGGGUUCUUAACCUCUCUACGGAAGCUAGAUAUCAGCAGCUGCAAUCUCACCGGCGAGAUCCCAACGAGUUUGGGCGGUUUGAAGCAAUUGGACUCAUUGUUCCUGCAACUCAAUAGACUUUCAGGACGGAUUCCAGUGGAGCUCUCCGGCCUAGUAAGUCUCAUGUCACUGGACCUCUCUAACAAUGAGCUCACAGGAGAGAUACCAGAGAGUUUCUCUGAGUUGAAGGAGCUAAGACUUUUGAAUCUGUUCCGCAACCAUCUCAUCGGCCCAAUCCCACCGUUCAUCGCCGAUCUCCCGAAUCUAGAAGUCUUGCAGGUGUGGGAGAACAAUUUCACGUUUGAACUCCCGGGUAAUCUUGGUCUCAAUGGCAAGCUGAAAAAUCUUGACGUGACCUCGAAUCAUCUCACCGGAACGAUACCUCCAGGGUUGUGUGCCGGAAAGAGGUUGGAGACGCUGAUACUAAUGGACAAUUUCUUUUUUGGACGGAUUCCUGAAGAACUCGGUGAGUGCAAAUCGUUGACUCGGGUUCGACUCAUGAAGAAUUUCUUCAAUGGCACGAUUCCAUCUGGGUUCCUCAACCUGCCUUUGGUGGAUAUAAUGGAGCUCAGCGACAACUACUUCAGCGGAGAACUUCCGGACGAGAUUACCGGUGAAAAACUCGUUCUCCUGACGCUCUCCAACAACGUGAUUACUGGCAAGAUUCCUGCCGCUAUCGGAAAGCUGGCCAAUUUGCAGACUCUCUCCCUCGACAUAAAUCAGUUUAAUGGAGAAGUUCCACCGGAGAUAUUCCAGCUAAAUUUGCUUUCCAAGAUAAACAUUAGCAGAAACAACCUAACUGGCGCGAUUCCGAGCGCAUUCUCUCGCUGCUCUUCCCUCACAUCGAUCGAUUUCAGUCAAAAUAAUCUAAUUGGAGAAAUUCCGAGCGACAUCGCUGGCUUAGACAUCCUCAACACUCUCAAUCUGUCGAGAAAUCAAUUCUGGGGCCAAAUUCCAAGUGAAAUCCAAUCGAUGACGAGCCUAACAAUGCUCGAUCUCUCUUACAACAAUUUGUCAGGUCCGAUUCCAGUUGAUGGACAAUUCUUUGCUUUCAAUGGCAGCUCUUUCGCAGGAAACCCAAAUCUCUGUAGUCCACUACACCAUAUUCCAUGCCCGUCUCUCCCCGGCCCAGCAAUGGAUUCAGAAAGGAAGAAGUCUUCGAAGAUCAUCGUCGUCGUCGUAUCAGUAGUCGGAAGUAUGGUAUUGCUCACCACCGCUGUUCUAAAGAUCAAAUGGUACUGGAAGGAGCUCCGGGAAUCAAAGGCCUGGAAACUAACUCCAUUCCAAAAACUAGGUUUCAAAGUCGAAGAUGUAAUCGAAUGCUUGAAAGAAGAGAACAUCAUCGGCAGAGGUGGUGCAGGAAUCGUGUACCGAGGAUCAAUUCCAGAUGGCGUUGAUGUUGCGAUCAAGCGAUUGGUCGGACGGAGCAACGGGAGGAACGAUCACGGUUUCUCGGCCGAGAUUCAGACUUUGGGAAGAAUUCGACACCGAAACAUCGUGAGAUUGCUAGGGUUUGUGUCGAACAACGACACAAAUUUGUUGCUGUACGAGUACAUGCCGAAUGGAAGCUUGGGAGAGAUGCUGCACGGAUCGAAAGGGGCGCAUUUAGGGUGGGAGAAGAGGUAUCGAAUUGCAAUGGAGGCAGCGAAGGGUUUGUGCUACCUUCACCAUGAUUGCUCUCCUCUGAUCAUCCAUAGGGACGUUAAGUCCAACAAUAUUUUGCUUGAUUCGGAUUUGGAAGCCCAUGUUGCAGACUUCGGCCUCGCCAAGUUCUUGCAUUCCCCUGGAGCAUCGGAGUGUAUGUCCUCCAUCGCUGGUUCCUACGGCUAUAUUGCACCAGAGUACGCGUACACGCUGCGAGUGGACGAGAAGAGUGAUGUGUACAGUUUCGGGGUAGUGUUGCUGGAGCUGAUCACGGGGAGGAAGCCGGUGGGGGAAUUCGGAGAGGGGGUGGAUAUAGUGAGGUGGGUGCAGAAGAUAACGUCGGAGAUUCCAAAUCCAUCAUCGGAUGCAGCGGCGGUGCUGGUGGUGGUGGAUCCCAGGCUAAGUGGGUACCCAUUGGGAGGGGUGAUAAACUUGUUCAAGGUGGCUAUGCGGUGCGUCGAAGAAAAUAGCGUAGAGAGGCCAACGAUGAGGGAAGUCGUUCAUUUGCUCACCAACCCACCUCCACCGCGCCCUAAAUAUCUCCUUGAACUCUGACUCGGAUAAGGUUCUUAU